GGCGAUGCGAUUUUGCGGUAUUAAAACUCUCACAAAAUCGACUUGAUAACAACAACGGUUCGCUACAGUUCUGCUUCACACUUUCACGCGCCCAUAUACGGGAAACAGGCAGACGAUUUGGUUUUUUGCAAGAUCUAUUGACGACGAUUCUUCUAUCUCCAACGAUGGCCGAACGAGAUGGCGAAUCUUUCUCACCAAAACCCUGUCAUUCGCGACGAUUCUCGCUGUUUUGGGGCUCCGGUAGCGUCCCCUGUUGGCGAGUAAUGAUCUGUUUGGAAGAGAAAGGUCUGCGAGAAUACGAAAGCAAACAGUUGUCGUUCUUAAGCAAUGAACACAAAUCCGAACAAAUUGUGGAUAUAAAUCCACGAGGACAGUUACCAGCCUUCAAACACGACGACACGAUCCUUAACGAAUCCUUGGGAAUUUGCCAUUAUCUCGAGGACACAUUUCCAAACAAAGGCACAAAGCUGUUACCUGAUGAUCAGAAGGAAAAGGCCUUGGCACUACAAAGAGUGUAUGAGGCGCUGACGCUUCAGAAAAGAGUCCAAGAAGUAUUGUAUUAUCUGGUCCAUACUCCGGUCGAGGAAAUCAAUCAGGACGUGAUGAGAAGCAACAAGAAGGAACUCGACAAAGAACUUCAACUUUGGGAAAGCUAUCUUCAGAAUCACAAAAACGAUUUCUACCUCACGAGCAGUAAGUUCACAAUGGCCGAUGCUGUUUUCUUUCCACAACUAGCUCUCGUAAUGCGCAUGCGUCCGACUCUCGGCAAAAUCUUUCCACUCAUGGGGGAUUACUAUAACAGAUUAUCUCCCCGAAAAUCGAUACAAGAAACAUGGCCGCCACACUGGAAGGAAAUCGACGGUCAGGAUAUUUUUGAUGAAAAAUUUGAUCCACAGGAUUUCGACGUCACCCGUUUCUUUGGUUGAGUAUCGGCAAACUUAUUGACAUGUGUAGUAAGACAAACUUAGAUACGAAAAUCAGACCUAAACGAUUCAGAAAGUGACAUUAUCUUUGGUAGUUCACCAUUGUCCGUUUGUUGGCGUAAUUAGCCUUUGUAGUUAUCGAAAAAUCUCUGGUAAAAUGUCGCUGCAUGAUAAGACGAUAGACGUGCGUUAUGCUACGUAUACAACUCGUAACGUAAGGUUUUAUGUGAACUUCGAUAACAUUACAUUUAUCAAAUGGUGAACGUAUAGAAUCGCGUUCAGAAAGCAAAACACGGUUAAUCUUUAGAUGAACAUUUUUCUGGCUUUAUUCACUAAUUAUAUAGUACCUUACACCU